AUGCUGCGCACGGACCAGCUGCGCACGAACCAGCGCGCACAGCCUGCCCUUAUCUCCCCAUCUGCCGGCGUCCCUCGGGACUCCCAUAAACUCACAUUCACUUCCUACAGGUCGGGUGGUGCGCACCCUUACUUUACUCUACGAUACUACGCGCACCUUCCUGUCCUCCCCCCAUCCAUCGUGGCUGCCUGCCAAGGCCAGAUCCACGCAUUCAACUCCCAGAACCUCAUCAACGUCUACAUCCCAGACGGCCCUGAGACUGUCCUCUACCGUUGCGAGCAGCAGCCGUGCCCAAAUCGGACACCCCGAUCGAUCGAGGAAGAUUACCCUCGUUACAAGGCGAUCCGACGAGCACAACACCCGCUCGGACCCCGAAGCACCCUCGCAUCUCGAUCGGCCUUGCGGCACUCUCGCCCUGUCUCCCCUACCUCCCGCCUCCCUCAAACUGUCGCCGAUCAAGCGCGAGGAGAUCUCCCUCCAAACCCUGCGCCAGAGCCUGAGCCUGAGGAGGGUGACAGUGAAGAAGGAGUCUCGGAGUCCGAGUCCGCGGAUCCUGCUCGGCCCGCCUCGCCGGCAGCGCUCGCCUCCGCGUCAGCAAUCCCUGAC